AUGAAUUUGCCAAUUCCUGGUCUUCUGUAUGUGCCGCUCCAGCAGGGAUCCUUAAGUGAUGCAGAGCUCAACAACUGGUAUAACAACCAACACGCCCCAGCCCGUAUGAAUUAUACAUUUUUCUUGACUGGCUACCGUUAUAAGCAAAUUCCGGACCACCCAUUGAUGCCAGGAGGGUUUGAUUUGGGUUCGCGGAUGUCAAACAAGUUGGCACUGUACGAAAUAUCCGACAUGCGAGAACUUGAAAAAGCUCCGUACAACACCCUGCUUGCACCUAAUAAUCAGAGCCAACGAGAUCAUAGCUCGAUUUCUAAACUCACAGCUUCACGCAAAUAUUUUGACCAUACAGCAACCUACCGUGCGAUAGGUUAUCCAGAAGGGGGUUUGCUACGCGAAGACGACAAGACGUUCACUGACGGAAUUCUGAUCGCUGUUCAUGUUCGACUAGCAUCUGGUAGUAUAGAGGAUGAGGUAGAAUUUAAACGGUGGUAUGUGGAGGAUCAUCUCCCACCGUUGAGAGACGUACCUGGCUGGUUACGAACUCGAAUAUACCGAACGUCUAUUAUCGACGCUUCCUCGAAGGAAGAUAUGGAAUUCCUCACUCUGAACGAAUUUGCAGAUCCAAGGCAGGUUGGAGGUCCUGAGCAUCUGAUCGCCAUCGGAAGCGAAUCGAAGACUACUGUAGUAGCAUCCAAAAGACGAGAGUGUUGGGUGCCGGAGUUCGUUCUGGGAAGGGGACCAAAAGAUUUGACCUCUCUCGUGGCACUGAACAAUGAAGAUGCACAGUAUGUGAGUCCUGGUGGGCUAAUCCGCACCACAAAUGAUGCCUGGCCAACAAUAGAAAGUUCUAUCUUCACUGAUAGCUUUGGUCUCGUCGAGUAUUGUCUCGAGGGGCGAGGAGGCCCGACGUCACAUAUUAUCGUACUGGGGACUGUCUGUGGCUUGAAUUGGGAUGUAUGGGACCAGUUCGUAUCAUUGAUCAUGAAACAGAAGGGUGAUGUUAGGGUGCUGAGAAUCAAGCUGAACCCUGCAUCCCAGCCCAGUAACAUGCCCGUAACCUCUGGUGCAGCAUUCGGACAACUGGAGCUUUGUGUCAGCAAUGUUAUAAGCGAUUUGCUGUUGCAACCUCCUGUGAUUGAGCUAUACUUGGGGAUGGCGGGUGAAACUGUCAACAAGAGAUUCGAAAGUUGCUACUUUCAAAACCGGACGAAACUUGAGCAUCCGUGUUGCACUACAUCUUCAAGGCCUCAAUUGAGGCUUGCAAUCACGGCGAAGAGUCGUAUGUCUAUCAAGGAUGCCAUAUUACAAUUGAUAUCAGCUCUUGAGAGGUCAGAAACGAUGACCCAGUUGUCAGGAAAUAUCUCGCAAGAAAUAUGGGCAAGCGUUGAUAGUCCUGAGUAA